AUGUCGGAUUCUGAGGAUGCUGCAGGAAAGGCAGCAGCUGCGGAGAGGGCAGCAGCCACGGAGAAGGCGGUAGAGGAAAUAAGUAAGACGCUUGCACUAACGAUGGAUAAGAUAGCUGCAUUAGAGAGUGCUGGGAAGGCAGCAGGUGGUCAAGCUGGGUGGGCAGCUGGAGGAGAGAGAGAGGGGAAGAAGCCCCAUGUGUGGUACGGUGGACACCAGCAGCAGGUGACGAGAGGAGUGCAGCAGCAGAGCAGCCGCCACAACCAUGUCCUUACAAGGCACAGCCGGUACCAGCAUCAGCAGCAGCUGGUGCCCAACGAACGCCCACGCCCUCCCGCUGCUCCCCCUCCCGAGCAGCAGCACCAAUGCAGCUGCUGUGGAGAGAAAGGUCAUGUACAUCAGGACUGCAAAUUCAACCUCGCCCGCGGACUGUUUCAGCAGCGGAGGAACGGUGGCUUUGGCGGCGGGUCUGUGUUCCAGCAGCAGCAGCAGCAGCAACAGCAGCAGAAGCCAGGCGUGGUGUAUGGCAGCACUGGUGGAUUUCAGCAGCAGCCGCGGCAACAACAGCUGGCGGCUGGCUCCACCCGCGGUGUGGUUGGACAGGUGAGUGGUGGGGUGUUUAUUGGCGAGAAGGGGGGGGGGGCUGCUGCCGGUUCGUUUGUGGCGUCUUUGCUGGUGAAAGCCCCCGCCAACAUAUCUUCUCCCAACGCAGUUAGGCACCCCGCCGCUCAUUCUCCCCCGCGACCCACGACAUCACGUGUAGCACCUGCAGUAGCGCGGAAACGCGCAGAACUGGAUCUCAUGGAGGCCGGGUACAGUAUAAGUGUAGCAANGGCAACAACAGCUGGCGGCUGGCUCCACCCGCGGUGUGGUUGGACAGCAAACCAUGCCGAUGAGAUCCUUCCUGCUGCCCCAUCUUCAACGAUUGGGAUUUGUGGAACGGCAUCCGCACCGGCGGUCGCAACGGCGGCUUCGGCCAGAGCUGCGGCGGCAGGAGUAACGCCGCAUGGAGCGACAACGGCAGUGGCUGCGACGGAAACGGCGGCGGUGGGGACAGCAGUAGCAGCGGCGUCCCCGGUUGCCGCGUUGGCGCCGGGCAGUCAAGAUACGCGCGCCGACAGCGGCGGCCUGACCUGCAGCAGCGGUGGAGACAACGGCAUCUACGGUUUCGAGAGGGGCGCGUCGUACCCUUUUGACCCGGGAGGGUUAUUUGCGCAGGAGGUGCGUGAGGAGGGAGAUCACAACAGCGGUGGUAAGGAGGACUGGAGCAGCGGUGGCCGCAGUAGCAGCAGCGGCGACGGCGGAGAUGGCGCGGCCUGGCAUGGAGCGUCAACACAUCCCUUUGACAGAGGGAAGCGGUCCCGUGGAGGAGAGCGACCAAGGGGUCCGUGCUGGGAGUGGACCUCCCGUUCGAUCGAGGUAGAGAUGCAUGGGCACGUGCCGGGGGGUGAUGCUUCGCACCAAGCGGCACCAGCGGGAGCGGCGCCAACGGCAACGGCAGCAGUUUGAGCGGGGAUGAGAGGGCGCGCGAGCGGGGGGAGAGUUUACCCUUGUCUGUUUCCCCCCCGCCCACCCCUCCCGUGCCUCCCACAGCGCCACACCUGCAGCGAGCCCCGGCGACGUACGCGCAAGCUCAUGCGGGGCGGGCACAGCGCCAUUUGGGGAGCAGCCGAGAAGCGGGAGAUGGAUGGUCUGGUUGGGGCGGGCACGUUCGAGCCGGCAGGAGGGCUCUAGCAACGAGGAACGAACGUCAUCUCUGCCAAAUGGGUCUACACGUGGAAACCUGAUGAAUUCGGUGAUGUGUUGCGUGCAAAGGCUCGGCUUGUCGCUAGGGGUUUCGGUCAGCGUGAAGGUAUUGACUAUUUCGAGACUUUCCCCGUGCCCUACCCAUCCGAGUAUUCGCCUCUUGUCUGCUAUCGCGCGUGAAAUGGGUUGGGACAUGUCCCACUUUGAUGCUGAUCAAGCGUUUGUGCAAUCGAAGCUAAAUGAGAUCGUGUACGUGCGUCUGCCGCAGGGUUGUGGGCCCCUUUCGGGUAAGAUUGUGAGACUUGCCCGUAGUCUUGAAGCAGGCGUCACGCACGUGGCGCCACCACCUUGUUCGGGGCAUGAAAUCUCUUUGGGUUUGACCAAUGUGCUGCUGAUGCGUGUGUUAUGCGUUUGAUCGAGGAUGGUGUGCUUCCCAUGGUAGUUGUGGUGCAUGUGGAUGACAUUUUUUCCAUCGGGCGAAAUAGUGGGUGUGACAGGUUUGGCCGAGACUUGAACGCCUACGUUCCCAUCACCAACCUCGGAGCGUUGCGCUUGUGUGCGGGAGUUCGUUUUUCACGCGAUUGGGAUGCUGGUACGCUUACAUUGUCGCAAGAAACUUUUGCUGUCAACUUGGUUGCGAAGUUUGGUGUCACGCGCAACAAGGAGACCCCGAUGCCUGUUGGAGUGAAGCUUGACGAUUUUUCUGCUGACGAACUUGAUGGUCUUGAGCAUUUUCGUUUUUUGGUAGGUCACCUCACGUGGCUUGCUAACCAGACUCGGCCGGAUAUCCUUAAUGCCGUGCGGUCCGUUGCGAGAUAUUCCCAUGCACCGUAUAUCAUACACUGGCGGGCUGCGUUGCAUAUUGCGAUGUACGUUAAAUUCACGAGUACUUUUGGUAUUACAUUUCAGCGGGGUUCACGGGAGGGUAUCGAUUUGCGCUUGUAUGUUGACUCCGACUAUGCCAGCCGGGCCACUGACCGGCGGACGGUCUCGGGAGCAGUUGUGAUGUGCGGCGGUGCAUGUGUUUCGUUUUUAUGAAGGACGCAGAAAAGUGUGACCCUGUCGUCGACGGAAGCAGAGUAUGUUGCGAUGGCUGACGGUGUGAAGGAGACGAUUUUCUUGUGGUAUAUUUGGGGUUUUAUUGUUUCGGGUCGCGAUGUUGGGUGCACACUGGUGUUCGAGGAUAACGAGAGCGCUCUUCACCUUGCGGUCAACCCCGCCACCACACCGAACUCUGAGCACAUCGACAUUCGUCACCACUUUCUUCGGGAGCGUGUAGCACGGGGA